GAUUUUAUCAUUGGAGAUCUCUGAUACACUAUUUUCACAUCACAGUAUUUCUGGCGGGUCGGCAAUGUUCUCCGGCUUCUACGGUUUAAAAGUAGCCGUCUUUAUGCCUGAAACCACACACAAGCCAAUCUGUUCCAAUUUCAUUUUCUUCACUGCAAGAAUCUGCUCUUCUCCUUCUUCUCUUAUUCAGUGAGCCAUUGAGCUACAAUAGAUAAAGAUUGCUUUCCUUUCUACUACAAAUUUUCGUGAUUUGGCAGCUUUGGUCAGAAGGGUUGAGGUGUGGCGUCAUGGUGGGAUCAUCCUUAGCUGGAUUACAAGAUCAUUUGAAACUGGCUAGAGAAUAUGCUUUCGAAGGCCUUUACGAUACGGCCAUAAUCUUCUUCGAUGGCGCUGUUGCUCAGAUCAAUAAGCAUGUUAAUACAAUUGAUGACCCUUUGCUUCGUUCAAAGUGGAUAAAUGUAAAGAAAGCAAUUUCUGAAGAAACAGAGGUGGUGAAACAGCUGGAUGUGGAGAAGAGGUCUUUCAAAGAGGUUCCUGUUGGUAGACGCCCUUUUUCCCCUCCAAUCUCGACUAAAUCCUCAACAUCAUCGUCGUUUGUCUUCCAGCCACUGGAUGAUUUCCCUACUCCAUCCUGUGCUCCAAUGGAUGAUCCCGAUGUCUGGAGACCCCCACCGAAUCGAGACACUACAACUAGAAGAACUUCAAGAGCAGGUCAAUCUGGUAUGAGAAAGUCCCCUCAAGAUAGUGCUUGGGCUCGCAGUUCUACCACUCCUACCAGAACCUCUGGCCGAGGGGGGAAGCCUGGUGGUGGUUCUGUUAAGACUAACUCUAUAACUCGAGCAUCAACUACAGGAAAGAAAGGAAAUGCAAAGUCCGCAAAAGUUGAAUCACCCAAUGGUGACGGAGAAGAUGGGAAGGCUAAAAAAGUGGAAUAUGAGGGCCCUGAUCCAGACUUGGCAGCUAUGCUCGAGAGAGAUGUUUUGGAAACAAGCCCUGGUGUGAGAUGGGAUGAUGUUGCUGGGUUAAGCGAGGCAAAAAGACUUCUAGAAGAGGCUGUGGUUCUCCCACUAUGGAUGCCUGAAUACUUCCAGGGAAUAAGGAGACCAUGGAAAGGCGUUCUUAUGUUCGGUCCACCUGGUACGGGGAAGACUCUUUUAGCAAAAGCUGUUGCAACCGAGUGUGGGACCACUUUUUUUAAUGUUUCUUCGGCCACAUUGGCUUCAAAAUGGCGUGGAGAAAGUGAACGUAUGGUUCGGUGCUUGUUUGACCUCGCUCGUGCGUAUGCUCCCAGCACAAUAUUCAUUGAUGAAAUUGAUUCACUUUGCAAUGCUAGAGGGGCUUCAGGAGAGCAUGAAUCGUCCAGAAGGGUGAAGUCUGAGCUUCUUGUUCAAGUAGAUGGUGUAACUAACUCUUCCACCAAUGAGGACGGAACACGAAAAAUAGUGAUGGUUUUGGCAGCUACAAAUUUCCCAUGGGAUAUAGAUGAGGCUUUGAGGAGGCGCUUAGAAAAGCGUAUAUACAUUCCCCUUCCAAGUUUUGAAAGCCGGAAGGAGCUUAUCCGGAUCAAUUUGAAAACGGUUGAGGUGGCGAGAGACGUGGAUAUAGAUGAAGUGGCACGUAGAACAGAGGGUUACAGUGGGGAUGACUUGACAAACGUGUGCCGGGAUGCAUCUCUGAAUGGGAUGAGGCGUAAGAUAGCGGGGAAGACAAGGGAUGAGAUCAAGAGCAUGCCCAAGGAUGAGAUCUCCAAGGACCCAAUCGCAAUGUGCGACUUCUUGGAAGCUAUUCAGAAAGUCCAACCCAGUGUUUCUGCAGCUGACAUUGAGAAGCAUGAGAAAUGGUUUUCUGAGUUUGGAUCAGCAUAAUCAUCAACAGGAUGAAUUUUUUUGUCCCCUUAUUCAUGAAUGGUUAUGUUCAGUCAUAUUUUCCGAUUUCUUGUUCAUUGACGUUUUUUUCUUUAAUUUAUCCUUUUUAGUUCCCCGGAGCUUUGAAGGAAAAAACAAAAAAAAACUUGUGGUGUUUUGUAUGUUGUACUCGUAUGUAUGGUAUUGCAAUUGAAGUGCCUUUCUAUGAAUUAAAUAUUCUUUACCGGACUAUUUUGGAUGGAAAAAA